AUGCUGCUAUUGUGGAGGGCAAGACCUUGCAUGAUCUCGACAUCGCUCUCGGCAACCCUAACUGAGACCGAUCUCAAUUGCUCAUCAUUUCUUUGUCAUGACAAAGAGACGCGGUCGCUGAUCCGCGCUCUCAAGGUUAUUUCGUGGCAAAUUGCAAACGCAGACACCGUGUACCGCAAGGCUUUGAGCUCUAUCGACAUGACGAGCACCAGUAACCUGGAAACUCUCUGGGGUAUGCGACCGACUCGUCCACACACUGCGUCUGCGAACUGGGGAAAGUUUCAGCUCCAUAUCCUCCUGACGGGUCAGGAAGAGACCAUGAGUUGGGUCAGAAACCAUCUCGGGGCGAAGAUAUCGGUCAUUGAUUUGACAACAAAGAACGCCAACGACAUGAAGAAGUUCAUUGAAAGUCGGAUGGACCGGCUGGAUAUUUUCGGUGGUUCGUCGGAACAAGUCGCCUCAAUGCGCCACGAGACCUUGGAAACCUUACUGCGAGAGACCCAAGGUGACUUCGUCAGCGCUGGCUUGUUGUUAGACGAAAUCAGCACUAAACAACGUCCCGGCGAGAUUCGAGACAUUUCGGCUCGCUCGAGACACAUUAAUGAACUUCUCACCUGGGCCAUGUUCGCUGCGAGGCCGCUUACUCUUGGGGAGCUUGAAAGCGUUCUGUCUCUCAGAUGCCGUGAACAAUCGCUGAGACCACUAUCAAAGGUGAUUAUCGACCAGUAUUCGUCUCUUCUUCGGGUCGAAGGCAGAUUGAAUGGCGCAAGCAAGGAGUUCGACCUCAAGUCCCGUGUACUGUUGGCGUCGGACCCAGUGAAACACUUCCUGGAUGCACCAGUACAAGGUGGUACAGGCAUGGAAUCCAAGGUUUGGAAUGAUGUUGAGGCGGUCAACGAAAGCGAGGUGCGAAUUGUGCGCCGAUUCUUGGAGUUCGUCUGCGAUGCUAGCCUUUUCCACAGAUCUGGUUUUGAAGGCUUUUUUGUGACGAAGCUAAGCAGAAGCUCUCCCAAGGCUUGCUUGGAGGCUAUCUGUUCGCUCGACAGGCCCAAAAUGGACUUCCUGCUGGAUUAUGUAGUUGAGCUUUUUCCUGAUCACCUGGAGCAGUGCGACCUUUCAUCAGUAUACCCACAGGACAAUAUGUCUAUAGGACCUUAUCUAGUGGCACUGUUUGAUGAUGUAGAGACUAACAAGCGAUGGUGGUUGACUGGCUAUUCGUCCGUGAGAAAAUCACGGCAGGUCUGGUUCUACAAGGAUACAUACGCCGAUCUUGUCAUGAGAUGGCUACAAGACUUUGCUGUCACUAAGAAUCUCACGGGUAUCCAGUCCAGGUGGGGUGCAGAGGCUGAUCUAUAAGUUCGAGCCCGACGCCGAUAUUAUCGAGCAGACAGCUAUUCAUAUAGCGGAAGUCUGGCUUAAGACAACUGAUGUUAUGGAAUUCAUGCACUGGUACUUCCCUUCCGUGUAUGGGUGGUUUACCAAGAUCGAGAAUUGUAAAGACCUGCUAUUCAGGCUCUCGAGGCCAC